GCGGCGGCCAGGAAGAACACAGCGGUCUUUGCGGGUGUUUGCUGCGCUCAGCCCCGCGUGGUGGAGGUCUGGGGCCUCGACGGCCGGCUGCUUGGAGCGUCCGCCAUGAGGAGAAGUGAGGUGCUGGCGGAGGAGUCGAUAGUAUGUCUUCAGAAAGCUCUGAAUCACCUGCGGGAAAUCUGGGAAUUGAUCGGGAUUCCAGAGGACCAGCGGUUACAACGAACUGAGGUUGUGAAGAAGCACAUCAAGGACCUCCUGGAUAUGAUGAUUGCCGAAGAGGAAAGCCUGAAGGAAAGGCUCAUCAAAAGCAUUUCCAUCUGUCAAAAAGAGCUGAAUACGCUGUGCAGCGAGUUACAUGUCGAGCCAUUCCAGGAGGAAGGAGAGACGACCAUCUUGCAGCUAGAAAAAGACUUGCGCACUCAGGUGGAACUGAUGCGAAAACAGAAAAAGGAGCGAAAACAGGAGCUGAAACUACUUCAAGAACAAGAUCAAGAGCUGUGUGAGAUUCUCUGCACGCCCCACUAUGACGUCGACAGCUCCUCGGUUCCCAGCUUAGAAGAGCUGAGCCAGUUCAGACAACACGUGGCCACGCUGAGGGAGACAAAGGCGUCUAGACGUGAGGAGUUCGUCAACAUAAAGAGACAGAUCGUCCUGUGUAUGGAGGAAUUAGAUCACACCCCAGACACGAGCUUUGAAAGGGAUGUGGUGUGUGAAGAUGAAGAUGCCUUUUGUUUGUCUCUGGAGAAUAUCGCGACACUACAGAAGCUGCUUCGGCAGCUGGAAAUGCGAAAAUCACAAAACGAAGCAGUGUGUGAGGGUCUGCGAGCUCAGAUCCGAGAGCUCUGGGACAGGUUGCAGAUACCUGCGGAAGAGAGAGAAGCUGUGGCCACGGUUAUGACUGGGUCAAAGGCCAAGGUCAGGAAAGCGCUGCAGCUGGAAGUGGAUCGGCUGGAGGAACUGAAGAUGCAAAACAUGAAGAAAGUGAUUGAGGCAAUUCGAGUGGAGCUGGCUCAGUACUGGGACCAGUGUUUCUACAGCCAGGAGCAGAGACAGGCUUUUGCCCCUUACUACGCGGAGGACUACACGGAAAAUCUGCUCCAGCUGCACGAUGCUGAGAUCGUGCGCCUAAGAAACUACUAUGAGCUUCACAAGGAACUCUUCGAAGGCGUCCAGAAGUGGGAAGAAAGCUGGAGACUUUUCUUGGACUUUGAGAGGAAAGCUUCAGAUCCAAGUCGAUUUACAAACCGUGGAGGAAAUCUUCUAAAAGAAGAAAAGCAACGAGCCAAGCUUCAAAAAACACUCCCCAAGCUGGAAGAGGAGUUGAAGGCACGGAUAGAAACGUGGGAACGGGAGCACUCGAAGGCGUUUGUGGUAAACGGGCAGAAGUUCAUGGAGUACGUGUCGGAGCAGUGGGAGGCGCACCGCCUGGAGAAGGAGCGAGCCAAGCAGGAAAGGCAACUCAAGAACAAGAAGCAGACAGAGACCGAGAUGCUGUACGGCAGUGCUCCCCGCACGCCCAGCAAGCGGCGGGGGCUGGCCCCCAACACGCCCGGCAAAGUGCGCAAGCUGAACACGACCGUCAUGUCCAAUGCCACGGCCAACAGCAGCAUUCGGCCUGUCUUUGGGGGGACAGUCUACCGUUCCCCCGUGUCUCGGCUUCCACCUUCUGGCAGCAAGCCCGUCAUCACUUCCACUUGUUCGGGGAAAAAAACCCCCCGUGCUGGGAGGCAUGGAGCCGACAAGGAGAACCUGGAGCUCAACGGCAGCAUCCUGAGCGGUGGGUACCCCGCCUCGGCCCCCCUGCAGCGCAACUUCAGCAUUAAUUCUGUUGCCAGCACCUAUUCUGAGUUUGCGAAGGAUCCGCCCCUCUCUGACAGCUCCGCUGUUGGGCUUCAGCGAGAACUUUCAAAGGCUUCCAAAUCUGACGCUGCUUCUCGAAUCCUCAAUUCGACCAACAUCCAGUCCUGAGAAGCCCUGAUCAGUCAGCUGCUGUAGCUUCCUGUGCCUAGACUAGAUCUGAUUAUGUGGGGGGGCCUGGAUUUUUCUUGAGUUUAGGUUCCACUACCCUGGGCCUGACUGACAGAAGUGAUUGUUACAGAUGAAAACCUACCAGAUGGUUCAGUGGGUCUUCAAAAACUUGAUUGUUGUUUUGACCCAAGAAAUACAUUCAAUCUUAGUUCAUAGCGGUAAGUGCAAAUUUUAGCAGAUGGAACCUAAUUUCUUUCUCUGCCCCGUAAUUCUAUUGCUGAAGCCUGACCAAGGGUGUGUUGUAUUUUACCAUCGUGCCCAUCCUUGGGGCAUGGGGCGCGAAGUGCUAUUGGCCUGGACCCUUAUAAUGAGAGACGAACAUCCUGUCGACAGGGAGGCUGGGGCUCCUUUGUUAACUGGUGUAGAAUUCUGUUCUACGGUGCAGUGGCCUACGUGCGGAGACGUGUACGGACACGCAUGCUUACCUGAACU